AUGCCAAUGAUUCAGACUGCGGGCCGAAGAGCGAGACGAAAAUCUCUGCGGCAUGAGCGUGAUAACCACCAACCCCGACCCGACGACUAUCAUCGCGCUAGGUGGAUUGCCUUUGCUUCCUGGCAUAAAGACCAGCCCAACGGCCCCCAUUUCCCCCAAUUUUCUCAACACUCUCUCUUCGAAUCAAUGGGCCACCGGAACAGCUUGGCAAACAGUCACACCCCCAAACCAAAACCCAAACUCUCAAGUUCUCGCUCCCGCACGAUAGGCUAUGCGGAGCUCCCUGCCUGGGCUCAGGACAACGAGUUCAUACUGGGCGGAUAUAGGCGCAUCUCGUACAAUUGGAAGGCGUGCUUUGACUCGCUGUUUGGAUACUUGCACAACGAGACCGUAAACAUCCACAGUCACCUCGCUGGCGGACUGCUUUUUGCCUACUUUUUCGCGACAUAUAAAGAGACAUGGCUGCAACAAUAUCCGACUACGUGGGCCGACACACUCGCUCUAGGCAUCUUCCUCGCAUGCGCCAUAUUCUGUCUGCUUUCAAGUGCAUUCUUCCAUACCUCGGCUUGUCAUUCUCAAAAGGUUAUGGGCCAAUGUCAUGCACUCGACUAUUCUGGCAUCCUCAUCCUCAUCAUGGGCUCGCAAUGUUCUGCCAUCCGAUAUGAAUUCUUUUGCAACCCGUACCAGCAGGCAUUUUACUCCAUCUUGCUCAUCUCCAUCGGCUGCUCCGCGGCCUAUGUUCUGCUCAACCCGACAUAUGCUACGCCCGCUUAUCGUAGCACACGUGCAACCCUCUUUAUUGCCCUCGGGCUAGGCGGCAUCAUCCCGGUCACACACUGCGUUAUCCGCGAUGGUGCAUAUACUGUCUUCAUUGAGACAGGUCACUGGUGGCUGCUCUUUUCGGCCUUCCUGUACAUCUUUGGUGGAAUACUCUACGCAAACCGCAUUCCCGAGUCGUUGUCUCCCGGAACUUUCGACUACUUCUUUGCGUCCCACCAAAUCUUCCAUGUCUGUGUCCUUGGUGGCGUCGGGGCCCACUAUACUUGCGUCUUGCGCGGCCUCGAAUACUCCUAUUCGCAUUUAGCGUCAUGUGCAGCUUGA